ACCAAAUCAGAAGGUGCCCGUACUUUCUUCUGUGACAUUGAAUCUUGCAGACUUUGCUUUAGUAGCUGGAGAUAAACAAGAGGGCAUUGAAAUUUUCGUUCCUUUGGAAGUCUCUGUUGGCAGCUUCAAGAGUUGCCUUUCACUCUGUGUAAGAGAAACUAAAACACAUGCUUUUUGCUUGCGUUCUUGUAUUCCUGCAGCUACGUGAAUAUAUUAUCUAAUGCGACUGUUUCCUAAAGAUAUGUUCACAUAUUUGUUGACAGCUAGUGCUCAACCUUGUGGAAUUGAGGAACACCCACGAAGCUUCAGAGACAUUUUUGAAGUUUAUCAUGUUUGCUCCAGUAUCUCCGAACCCUGGAAAGGCUUUGUUGACAGACAGAAAUGGGGGUGGUUCUUUAAAAGCGGGUCUGCGAAAGGUUAAAUUUUUGAAAGCAUUAUCUUUUAGGCGACACAAGAAGGCAUAUCAUGCAGAGGAAGGCAACAGCAGUGAUGGAAGGAACUCAGUCAGAACUGAGGAUCCCGAUUAUGUUUAUCCUGUGGAUAUAGAUUCACUUGAUGAGGAUUCGGUAGGAGAAUCUGAGAAAGGAAAAGAGGAUACAAGUGUUCAAAAGUCAUUCAGUUAUGAAGCACUCGUCUAUGCAAACCAUGCUGGUGGAUCAUUUUGUUCAAAUACAAGCGGCAGCAGUAGUGAUGAGGAUUUAGUCCACUACAGUCAUCAUAUUUCAAACACAAAGCACAAGUACCCUGAGGAUAAAACUGCAGCAAAUCAAUCUGCAGAGCAGAGUUCAAAACGUAGUCUUCUUUCUUGGAGGAAGAGGAAGUUUAGUUUCAAAUAUCCUAAAACCAAGGGGGAGCCAUUGUUGAAGAAACAUUAUGGAGCGGAUGGUGCAGACGAUAUUGGCUUUGAUCGCCGACAGCUUUGCUCAUCUGACGAGUCUUCUUCUAGGGGGCACAAAUCUGAGGAAACUUCUCCGAUUUCAGUCUCUGAGUUUGGAGAUGAAAGUUUUGCUGUGGGUAGUUGGGAGCAGAAAGAAAUAAUAAGCCGUGAUGGAUAAAUGAAGCUGCAGACUCAGAUCUUCUUUGCUUCGAUUGAUCAACGAAGUGAACGAGCUGCUGGUGAAAGCGCUUGUAUAGCCUUGGUUGCUGUCAUAGCUGAUUGGUUCCACUGCAAUCCUGAAGAUAUGCCCAUCAAGUCCCAACUUGAUUCUCUUAUCUGUGAAGGCUCGAUGCAGUGGAGGGAUCUUUGUGAAAAUGAGACCUAUAGGGAAUGUUUCCAAGAUAAGCAUUUUGACCUCGAGACAGUUCUCGAGGCUAAAGUGCGUCCACUCUCAGUAGUCU